AACCCCUCCUCCUCCUUGUUUAUGUUCUCAUUUCAUAUCGUUCCUUCACUCUCCUUUUUCAGUGUGUACCAACUUAGUGUUUGAUAAAAAUGGCUGAUAAACUUACACGUAUUGCUAUUGUGAGCACGGAUAAGUGUAAACCAAAGAAAUGUCGACAAGAAUGCAAAAAGUCGUGUCCGGUCGUCAGGACAGGAAGGCUAUGCAUCGAGGUCACGCCGGAGUCUAGGAUCGCUUUUAUCUCCGAGCAGCUGUGCAUAGGUUGUGGUAUCUGUCCAAAGAAGUGUCCUUUCGGAGCAAUUCACAUCAUCAAUCUUCCAACCAACCUCGAAACUCAAGUCACCCAUCGUUACUCCGCGAAUUCAUUCAAGCUCCACAGAUUACCUACUCCUCGACCUGGUCAGGUCCUUGGUCUUGUUGGAACGAACGGUAUUGGAAAGUCCACCGCUCUGAAGAUUCUUUCCGGAAAGCAAAAGCCGAAUUUAGGCCGUUACGAUAAUCCCCCGGAUUGGAAUGAAACAUUGGCCUACUUCCGUGGCUCGGAGUUGCAGAACUACUUGACAAAGGUCGUCGAGGAUAAUAUUAAGGCGGUUGUCAAACCUCAGUAUGUUGAUAAGUUGCCACUGGCGAUUCGAGGGACUGUGAGGUCUGUGAGUGCAUUGCUUAAGGCUCAGUGCGCACGGGGGGAUGAAGUCAUGGAGGCUAUGAUUGACAUCCUUGAUCUGCGUCCUGUUUUGGACCGCGAUGUUGAACAGCUUUCUGGUGGAGAGCUGCAAAGAUUUGCUAUUGCUGUCGCAUGCGUACAAAAGGCGGAUGUUUACAUGUUUGACGAACCCUCAUCUUAUCUCGAUGUCAAGCAACGCUUGAAGGCCGCUAGCACCAUCCGCGGCUUAACUAGACCUGACAACUACGUUAUUGUUGUGGAACACGAUUUGUCGUCUCUCCAGUUCAGAAUCGCGGAGGCCGGAGACGAGUUCAUGGUUGAUAGGUCACGGUCAUUUGGAUACCCAGCCAUGGACAAGACACUUGGAAAAUUCCACCUCCAUGUUGACAAAGGAGAAUUUACCGAUUCGGAAAUUAUCGUUAUGAUGGGAGAGAACGGGACCGGAAAAACAACAUUCUGUCGCAUGCUUGCUGGUGUCGAGGCUCCAGAUGGAAGCAAGAAGAUCCCCAAGAUGAGCAUCUCUAUGAAACCACAGAAGAUCACUCCCAAGUUCCCUGGAACUGUGCGAGAACUAUUCUUGAAACGGAUUAGAUCCUCAUUCCUCAACCCCCAGUUUCAAACUGAUGUCUACAAACCGUUGCACAUUGAUGAUUUUAUCGACCAGGAGGUAAAGCACUUGUCUGGGGGAGAAUUGCAGCGGGUUGCCAUAGUCCUUGCCCUCGGCAUGCCCGCCGACAUCUACCUUAUUGAUGAGCCGUCUGCCUAUCUCGAUUCCGAACAGCGUAUCAUUGCAGCCCGUGUCAUCAAACGAUUUAUCAUGCAUGCUAAGAAGACUGCGUUUGUCGUCGAGCACGAUUUCAUUAUGGCGACAUACCUGGCGGAUCGCGUUAUCGUCUUCGAAGGUGAACCUUCCAUCGACGCCACAGCCACUGCUCCACAGAGUUUGUUGACUGGUUGUAACGCCUUCCUGAAAUCACUAAACGUCACGUUCCGGAGAGAUCAGAACACUUUUAGACCUAGGAUCAAUAAGUUGGAUUCGCAACUUGACCAGGAGCAGAAGUUGAGUGGAAAUUACUUCUUCCUAGAAGGUAUGCUACGGCCCCCUAUAUAUUCCUCCGGAUAUCUACUAACAUGACGGUAGAUUGAAAUGUACCCUGCAGAAUGGGCCCCGGCGUUUGGUAACGGAUUGCUUUGGCUUUUUAUUUACGCAAUGUCACUUCUUUAAUGUAUGGGAUAAGUGCUAGUUGUGUCGUGUCGGUUACAGUAAGGCACAUUAGAUGGCAUCCGAUAGUGUCCUAUAUUCUCUGUUU